AUGGUGGAAAACGGUGGCGUGGAUUUGCUUGGGAAAACUAGUCUAGAACAUUAUAAGAAGCUAGGCAUGUCACAUCCUCAACAGCCACACCCGUCUACUGCCAGUCUUGUGGAAAGGUUAAUCAUGGUGGUCACGGCGCUCUUGGCCACUGUUAGGUUGUUACAGACUAUGCCUAGUAGUAAAAAUGGCUACGUCGAAGGAAUAGGUAGCGUUCAACUUGAUUUGAUUUGGCAUUACUGGUUGUUUGGACGUGGUGUGUUUAUUCGAUUCGUUUUCCAAACACUAGACAGGAUGGGCAUAGAAUAUGGGGAACUGACAACUGAUGUCGAUGAUGGUUCAUUCUAUGGCGCGUUAUUAAUUCCUAUAAUGGCAGUUGCAAAAUUGGUCGAUAUUCAUAAAUCAUCUAAAAAUGAUUCAUAUACUGAAUUACCGUGGCAUUAUGUUAUAUUUUCACAGACUUUUUAUCACGCUUCUUUAUACACUAUUGCUUAUCUCUUCAAAAGGAGUUUUACGUUCGGUGAACUCGCGAUUGUGGCGCAGUCGAUAACGCUGUUGGUGGUUGAAGCAUGGGUCGUUACCGUGAAUGAGCUUGAAUAUAUCGAACUUCCGAAAUACAUGAAAAUAGAUCCACAUCCAAUAACCAUAUUUCAAAUAGCACUCAUACUUGGGAUGCUAGUGAUCGGAAUUUUACUCUCACCGUUUUUCCUUCGUUCUCGAUACCUCGCGCAGCAGCCAAUGUGGAAAACCAAAGAUCCGCACUCGUUCGAGAUCGAGAAGAGAUGGACGGCAUGUAUAAUAUAUGGAGGUACUAUUAUUAUUGUGGUCUGCGGACUGGGUCAAUGGGUUCAGUUGGUACUAAAAGCAAAUCCUUAUUCAUGGUGA